AUGUGGAAAAUAUGUAACCCUCCAUUUGUGAGGAUAAGAGGUCUCGAAAUGCUUCAUUUUGCGGAAUAUAUUUUUGCAGAUUUUAUUUUUGCGAAUGUUGAAGAUUCGAUUUACAAAUGCGAAGCAGAGUUAAGAUUUGAAUCUAAGACAGUGUGGCCACAAGCCAUUAUCAUUCCAGCGGUCAUGGAAAAGGUCAUGAAAUUUCGUCUGGUUUUGCAGGAAAGAGAACAAAAUAGUGUGUGUAAGCGAAGAAGUAUCUGUAGAAGCAUAAUCGAAUCAAAUUAUAGAGAAUAUAAAACUUGUUGGUCAGGUCAUAACGAGCCAGCACUGCAGUACGAUGGAAACUUGUACAUAUCAAAUUAUAAAUAUUGGUUCCAAGGUUGUUACUGCAACGGUGUCCCGCAUUUUAUGAAAACAAACAUGCCGAAACCUACAAACGAGACUAAUUCAAAAUGGCGGAUUAAAGACAUGGUACGCUACCAAAGUCCUGUAACUGAUUUACACGAGGAAAAGAAAUUGGUUGACGAAUGUUAUAGAGAGUGUUUAGAGUUCGAACGUAUCGUUACCAGGUCGAAACGCUUCCCCGCGACGCGUAACGGUGACAUUGUAUUUUUUAUUGGUAUUUUUCUUGUUGCGCCGUUACGAUUUGUUGGAAUAAUUGCGGUAACAGAGACUAUGUUUGGUAAAUUAACAGAUGCGUAUGUAACUUGUGGACUUUUGGUAUUGUCUUUAAAUUCAUCGUUUCGGUUUUACGAUUUAGAUAAGGUUAUCAAGGCAUAUUGUGUGAGAGAUUUUGCCAUCGGCGAAUGCUUGAAUACGACGGACACCCUGGAUAUUUUCAGUAUACCCAAUGUGAAAGGCGAAAUCGGCGUCCCUCCUUGCGGCUUGCCAGUAAAUAUAAAAGUGAGUGCAGUGCCUACGCCUUGUUACAAAAUCGACGGUGGAAAGUGGAAGAACCUGAAUGGUUUAUCUUUUGGUGGAUAUCCCUGGACGUGUUUAAUCAACAAAAGUAAAAGCACCAGUUUCUUCGUACGCGAUGUAUCAAGUGGAAAAAAGAUUGCGUCUUGGUGGGGUGGGUCUGAUAACGAAGCCUCGAUUGACGACAGGCGGGCGUUUUUUCAUGCUGAUAAUUCGGGAAGAAUACUAACCGUUGCACAUGACAAAAUAACAGUUUCUUGAAGAUCGGUUCUGAAAUUUACAACGGGAAGAAUGAAAUGACAACUUUAUUUGAGAUUACAUUCACAUCUACGCUAUCAUCUUUAGAGGAGAAUCCGAAAUGCUCCAGAUAUGGUUGUUCUGUUAAAACAGUA